CGUCAAAAUCUUGAGCUAACUUCAUACUUCGAGCGGUAUUGAUUGAAGUGGUUUCUGCGCUGUGUGAUAAUUACGGUAUCAUAAAUAAUUCUUUUCAAGAAAAAAUACAAAAAUAAUAACCAUGACUGUAUUUCCAAAGGGUUGUAUAAUACUAAAUCAAACUGAUAUCGGCAAACUACAGUUGGUUGAAGAAGUUGCCUGUCCCGAGGCUAAAGUAGCGGUGCCGCCGCUAUCGGAGUCACCCGAGCCGCGGCGGUACCGGGUGCCCGGGCCGCUGCGCCGCUUUGCGGUCAUGAUAUUCCACUUAGUAAACAUAUCCAUGCUGGUCCUCAUGUUUGUGGCCAUGAGCGUACUCAUCUAUCGCCAGUUCGUUAAGACCACUUCCGUGCGCCGUUACCAGGGAUACUGCACUAUCCCCAUCGAUUUCAAGAAUCAGGGGCGCCUGAUUGAGAAAAAUUUCCGCGUGAUGCCGCUGCGCUGGUCGUCGGAACCCGAGCUGCACGUGGUGAGCACCAGCGACGCGGCCACCGCCGAGCAACUCCUCAGCGUGCUGCGUGAGGAGCUCGACAUCGACCGCGACGGCAUGACCGAGAAGAUCUCCGUCUACAACAACGGACACCAAGUCAACUUCAUACACGACUUCACCAACAACUUCACCAACAUCGUGGACGAGGAGCGCUGCUUCAUCACGGACCUGGACCUGGAGUCGGUGCUGGUGCCGGACGCGUUCAUCGCCAGCAUCGAGAGCGGCGGCGAGUUCGACGUGACGCGCGUGCGUUCCGGCCUGCGCGCCAUGCUGCCCGCGCUGCACGACCUCUCCGCGCUGCCCGGCCUGCCCGCCGCCUGCCGCACCCGCCCCACCUACCGCCUGCAGCAGGACCACACCCGUCUCGUUCACAAGCGCGCGGUGGACGCCAAGCCUCACGACUACGUGCACUUCUCGGGGAAGCACGUCCACGAGAUGGACAUCGGCAACUUGGCGCAGCUGCUGCAGCACGAGCAGAACAACACCGCAUAAACAAACAUCAUCUUACCUUUCAUCUCUGAAACUAGGAUUUCAAUCGAUGUUCGCUAUCGUACUCUUAUACUAUCCUCUAAAUGUCUAUUGUUAAUGUUAUAUAGUUGUGUAGACGAGUGUUGUGAAGCCAACAGUUGGUUGUGCAGCAUCACGCCUGCACCAUGCCUGCACCAUGCCUGCACCACAUCUGCGCUCCGCAACAUCUCAUUGGAUAUUUGUAUUGUUGCAUACAAAUAUGAUGAACAAUUGCCAAAGAUACAAACCACCGAUACUAAAAAAUAACGGAUUGUUCUAAAUGAAAAUUAUACUAAAUUAUAUUCGUCCGUUUAGCCAAUUAGAGUAGGAACUUGACAUUCCCAAAUUGUCUCUCUCUUUUCUCCACUCAAGUGGUUAUUAUAUAUAUGUGUGUGUAGGAUAAACAUAUUCUAUAUAUUUUAUUCUUAUUCAUUUUUGAUUCUGAAUUGUUUUUUCUUUUGAGAAAGUAUAUAACAGUAAAUUAUCGAUCUUUGUCUAACAAACAUAAAUACAAUGACUGAGUUGUUUGUUAAAUUCUCAACAUAUUAUAUUUGUUUAUUUGAAUUUUUGAUCUCAAAUUAGUGUCGCAGAUUUGCGAGAGAUGUACGUGUUGUAAUUUUAGCCU